CAGUAACCGUCCGGGGGCCCGUUGGAAACCGUACUGAUUACAGAAUAACUCGUCGGUCAGGAAUAUAUUGUACACCAGCCGAAAAGAGAUGUCCCGACGGGUUGUGCGACAGAGCAAGUUCCGGCACGUUUUCGGCCAGGCGGUGAAGAACGACCAGUGCUACGAUGACAUCAGGGUGUCCCGCGUUACCUGGGACAGCUCCUUCUGUGCCGUCAACCCCAAAUUCGUUGCCAUAAUCGUGGAAGCCAGUGGCGGAGGAGCUUUCCUUGUUCUGCCCCUUCAUAAGACUGGUCGUAUAGACAAGGCUUACCCCACAGUGUGUGGUCACACUGGCCCCGUGCUGGACAUUGACUGGUGCCCACAUAACGACCAGGUGAUCGCCAGUGGAUCUGAAGACUGCACAGUCAUGGUGUGGCAGAUCCCUGAGAAUGGACUGACCAUGUCUCUGUCGGAGCCGGUGGUGGUUCUGGAGGGUCACUCUAAACGCGUCGGCAUCGUCACCUGGCACCCCACCGCUCGCAACGUCCUCCUGAGCGCCGGAUGCGACAACCUGAUCAUUGUCUGGAACGUGGGAACCGGCGAGGCCCUCAUCACUCUGGACGACAUGCAUCCGGACGUCAUCUACAGCGUGUGCUGGAACCGUAACGGCAGCCUCAUCUGCACGGCCUGCAAGGACAAGAAGAUCCGCGUGAUUGACCCGCGCAAGGAGGAGAUCAUCGCGGAGAAGGAUAAGGCCCAUGAGGGAGCCAGGCCAAUGAGGGCCAUUUUCCUGGCCGACGGGAACGUCUUCACCACAGGCUUCAGCCGAAUGAGUGAGAGACAGCUGGCCCUGUGGAACCCACAAAACAUGGAGGAGCCGAUUUCUGUCCACGAGAUGGACACCAGCAACGGGGUUCUCCUGCCGUUCUACGACCCUGACACAAACGUGGUUUACCUGUGUGGGAAGGGCGACAGCAGCAUCCGUUACUUCGAGAUCACGGAGGAGGCUCCUUACGUCCAUUACCUCAACACGUUCUCCUCCAAGGAGCCCCAGAGGGGCAUGGGCUACAUGCCAAAGAGAGGCCUGGACGUGAACAAGUGUGAGAUCGCCAGGUUCUACAAAUUACACGAGAGAAAGUGUGAACCCAUCAUAAUGACUGUACCUAGAAAGUCGGACCUGUUCCAGGAUGACCUGUAUCCGGACACUGCCGGACCGGAAUCGGCCCUGGAGGCCGAGGACUGGUUUGAGGGGAAGAACGGGGACCCCAUCCUUAUCUCCCUGAAGCACGGCUACAUUCCCGGCAAAAACCGUGACCUCAAGGUGGUCAAGAAGAACAUUCUGGACAACAAGCUGACGAAGAACACGGAGAACACCAGUCCGAAGUCUGGCAGCACCACCCCUUCCAUUAAAAGCGAGGCCAAGCUGGACGAGGUUUUGAAAGAAAUCAAGUCCCUCAAAGACCUGGUCAGCAGUCAAGAGAAGCGAAUUGCCAAACUAGAGGAGCAGUUGUCCAAAAUGGACAUCUAAGGACCCUUCCUCUACACCUGCUCAACUAUUCAGGAUGUUCGAUUGAUUGGCAGGAAGCUGGGCGGGACAGGGUCACUGCCAAUCUCCACGACAACGUUCCGUCUGAUGCCUGCCUAGCAACAAUCCCACACAACAUU